CAAACCGUCUGUCGCUAAAUCAGAACUUGUACAGCAAUCGAGUCUCUCUCUCUCACGCUACCACACAACAGUGCUCAUUCUUUCACAGAAACCUUUCGAACUGUCGAAUUGUAUUCGAUUCGAUUCGGAACUUGUGUUUUUUGGUUCAAGGGUUUUGCUUUGACAGUGAAGUAGUAGAUGAAGCCAAUCAAGCUUCCCGAACCUCCCAGCAGCACCCCCAUGGGCGUGCCGGACAUCUUCGAAGGCGGCGUUUACGGCGUUAUCCGGCGAGCCCUCGUCAUCGGAAAUGGUUUUCCGGCCUCCGAGAACCAAAGCAUCGGACUGGUUCGCGCCCUCGGUCUUUCCGAGAAGCAAACUUUAUAUCGGGUUACAAGGCCAAGAGGAGGGGUCAAUGAAUGGCUUCACUGGCUCCCAGUUUCUCUCCACAAAAAGUUAGAUUACAUCCUCAGGCAGAUUUAUGGUUACACGCAAAUUCUGUUAGUAGGUAGAGGGAAGAAACUUGUAUCUCUGCAUACAGAAAAUGGUGGCAGUACAGGCUUAUCCUCCAUUUUAGAAGCAGAUGUAAAGAAGAUUGUUGCCAUGGCUCGUGAGACAUUUGAGAAGGAUGGCCCUUUACUGGUGGUUGCAUCUGGCAGAGACACAGUAUCAGUUGCAAGUGACAUAAAGAGAUUAGCAUCUGACAACGUGUUUGUUGUUCAGAUUCAGCACCCAAGGAUCCAUUUGAAUAGGUUUGACAUGGUCAUCACUCCUCAUCAUGAUUAUUAUCCUUUAACUCCUCAUGCACAGGAGCAGGUUCCUGUGUUUCUCCGUCGGUGGAUUACUCCACGUGAACCUCCUGAUAGGCAUGUGGUCCUCACCGUAGGAGCUCCUCAUCAAGUUGAUUCUGCUGCAUUACGGAAUGCAGCUAGUGCCUGGCAUGACGAGUUUGCACCUUUGCCAAAGCCCUUACUCGUAGUUAACAUUGGAGGGCCUACAAGACGCUGUCGGUAUGGUGUGGACUUAGCAAAGCAGUUAAUAGCCUCACUGGACAACGCACUACUGAGUUGUGGAACUGUGAGAAUAUCUUUCUCAAGGAGAACCCCUGAGAAGGUUUCCAACAUCAUACUGAAAGAACUUGGAAAUCAUCCUAAAAUUUACGUGUGUGAUGGUGAAGAGCCAAAUCCACACAUGGGGCAUCUAGCUUGGGCUGAUGCUUUUGUCAUCACGGCUGAUUCUGUCAGUAUGUUGAGUGUAGCUUGCAGUACUGGUAAGCCUGUGUAUGUCAUAGGAGCUGAGCGUUGUACAUGGAAGUUUGUGGAGUUCCAUAAAUCUCUGAGGGAAGAAAGAGGUUUGGUUCGUCCAUUUACUGGUCUUGAGGAUAUGUCAGAAAGCUGGAGUUACCCUCCACUAAAUGAUGCUACUGAAGCAGCCAAUCGUGUGCAUCAAGCACUUGCGGAGCGCGGAUGGAGAUUGCGGCCAUAGGGAAACUAUUCUGUUUAUUGUUACAGUGAGCUUAAUGUUUAGACUGUCUUAUAUUGUUUGUUCAAAAUCAUGUCUGGUAAGGCAAAUUACACAACUAAUUGGUAACAUAUGGGUCGGCCAUAGUUGUUCAUUCUUUUUCCCUUGGGAGAUUUUGAGAUAUGUAGAAUAAAUGUCGAGCGGCAUGAUUGUGGCUUGUAAGAUAGAAACGAGGCAGGCAUGUAUGUAUUCAACAGUGUAAAAAACAUGGGUGGUUACUGGAAAGGAGUUUUUCUCUAAUGAAACUCAAUACUAUGAAAUACAGGGCAAAUUCAUCUUUUCUUGUUA